AUGAGACACAAGGCGAGAGCACAAGCAAACACACUGGCGGGAGGGUUCAAUUGGCUUUGCCCUGAAGAAAAACCCACCCUUGGCCCCCCCAAAGGGACAGAAAGCACCGCAGAUCGCGCUGCCGUGGGGGCGCGGACUGCGAAAGGCGGCGGCAUGGAUCUCAUUCGAAACUUCCUGGGAGGUGGGAACAACGGCGAGGAGCCCGAUGCGAAGCGCGUGAAGCGAGAGGACGACGACAGCGCCGGCGCCGCGAACGGAGGGGCGAAUGGCACGUCCACGAGCGGCGCGGGCGGCGCGGGAGGGGCGGGGGUGGAGGGAAAGGUGGACCACCUCGGCCAGUACGCCAUGCGGGAGAUACAUUUGCGCAAGCAGGAGGAGGACGGUGAACUCGUGUACAUGGUCAUCAAGAACGACGGCGAGGAGCAGAACAUGAUCUGGCUCGUCAACCUAAAGAACAUCUUCAGCAAGCAGCUCCCUAACAUGCCAAAGGAGUACAUCGUGCGCCUGGUGAUGGACCCAAGGCACCACUCCAUGAUCUGUUUGAAGAAUAACACCGUAAUUGGCGGCAUCACGUACAGGCCGUUCUGGAGGCAGAACAUGGGAGAGAUUGCGUUCUGCGCAGUGAGCGCCAACGAGCAGGUGAAGGGCUACGGCACCCGGCUGAUGAACCACCUGAAGGAGUACGUGUGCGACAAGGAGAACAUGACGCACCUCAUCACGUUCGCGGACAACAACGCGGUGGGAUACUUUCAGAAGCAGGGCUUCACCAAGGACGUCAUGAUGGAGCGCGAGAAAUGGGUCGGCUACAUCAAGGAGUACGACGGCGGCACCAUCAUGGAGUGCGCCCUCUCUGCGCAGGUUUCGUACACAGAGUUCCCGGUGAUGAUCCGGCAGCAGCGCGCGGCGGUGGACGAAAAGGUGAGGGAAAUGUCCAACUCGCACGUGGUGUACCCCGGUCUGGCGCAGUUCAAGGGACCCGCGGGACCGGGCGGCGUGCGCAAACCUGUGCCCCCAGAGGUCAUCAAGGGUAUAAAGGAAGCUGGCUGGGAGCCGCCGGGCCCGCCCAGGUACCGGCUCGUCCACCCGGGCUGCGGCGACGGCACGCCCACGACCGAUAAUCUUCACAGGUUCAUGGUGGCGCUAGUGAAUCUGGUGCAGAACCACAUAGACUCGUGGCCCUUCAUAUCGCCGGUGCCUGCGGAGGAGGUGCCGGACUACUACGACGUGGUCAAGGAUCCCAUCUGCCUGGAGACAAUCAAGGAGCGGGUGGAGAGCGGGGAGUACUACCAGACCCUCGAGAUGUUCGCUGCGGACUUCAGACUGAUGUUCAACAACUGCAGGCUGUACAACGCGCCGGACACUGUGUUCUACAAGAACGCCACGCGGCUCGAGGCGUACUUUGAGUCGAAGGUGGCAGCGGGAAUUUCCUGGAAAGCUGGCAGGGGCGAACGGUCGCUUGACCGGUUCUGA